AGUAAUUGGAGAAUAUCUCCACCUUUAUGUAUUUUUGAAGGACGAAUGUAACCCUCUGGAGUCUGGAUCCGGUUCUUAAAUUUCGGUUGGAGCAGCAGCAACUUCAUUUUUGUGCUCUCACUCUCAGACAACACAACGUAGAUAAGAUCAUCUAUAGUUGUUUUCUUCAGAUUCUGCCUUCUUUUCAUUCCCACUUAACCAACCAAACCAACCAUCCAACUGCAUUUUGCAUGUCCAUUUCUUCUUCUCUCACUCCAAUCCAAUCCCUUCUCAAAACGCCACAAUCCUUCAUUCAGCCACUUCAUACACUCACGCCCUCCUCCACCCCUUCUCCAAUUCGCUUCAAGAUAUCCUUUUCACGCUAACCCGGGUUUUUCAUCAUGGAGAUCGACAAAGCAAUUAGAGAGUGUGACGAUCGAAGGCUUCAGACCAAGUACAACAACGCCACCUAUGUUAUCCAGAGAGCUUUGGCUUUGUAUUCUAUUGAGGAGGUUGCCUUCAGCUUCAAUGGAGGAAAGGAUUCAACGGUUUUGUUGCACCUACUCAGGGCUGGCUAUUUUUUGCAUAAAAGGGGGCAAAAUAAUGCCAAUGGGGAUCUAAAAGAUUUUCCAAUUCGAACAAUAUAUUUUGAGAGUCCAAGUGUCUUCCCAGAAAUCAACUCAUUUACAUAUGAUACAGCUGCUACCUAUGGGUUGCAAAUUGACACCAUUUGCACAGAUUUCAAGUCUGGUUUGGAGGCUUUGCUGAAGAAUAACCCAAUUCGAGCUAUCUUCCUUGGAGUUCGAAUUGGAGACCCUACUGCGGUUGGCCAAGAACAAUUCUCCCCUAGUUCACCUGGGUGGCCACCUUUCAUGAGAGUUAAUCCCAUUUUAGAUUGGUCAUACAGAGACGUGUGGGCCUUCCUUUUGACUUGCAAGGUGAACUAUUGCAGCCUUUAUGAUCAAGGUUAUACUUCAAUUGGGAGCAUAUACGACACAGUCCCCAACUCAUUAUUAUCCAUUAGCAGUUCUUCCAAUAAAUUCAAACCGGCAUAUUUACUUACUGAUGGAAGAUUAGAGAGGGCUGGGAGGGCUAAAAGGCCAUCUCCUUCUACUACUGUUGUACAACUUCCUGCUGAUAGCAAUGGUUUGACUAACCUGGAUUCCCAUAAAAACAGCAUGCUCACUGCAUCAAUCAUUGCUGUGGGAGAUGAGAUUCUGUUUGGCAUUGUUGAGGAUCAGUUGGGACCUUAUUUGUGUACGAAGCUGCAUUCCAUUGGUUGGUCUGUGUUUCAACUUUCUGUUGUACACAACAAUAUAGAUUCUGUGGCUGAAGAAGUUGAGCGACAGAAAUCUAAAAGUGACAUGGUAUUUAUAUAUGGAGGUGUAGGUCCACUGCAUUCAGAUGUUACCUUAGCAGGCAUUGCAAAAGCUUUUGGUGUUCGUUUGGCUCCUGAUGAAGAAUUUGAAGAAUAUCUCAGGCACAUUAUUGGUGAUCAGUGUACUGGUGAUCGGAAUGAGAUGGCUCAAUUGCCUGAGGGCAUAACUGAAUUAUGGCAUCAUGACAAAUUGUCUGUUCCAUUGAUCAAGUGCCAAAAUGUAGUAAUUCUAAGUGCAACAAAUGUUCUGGAGCUGGAAAAGCAGUGGGACUGUUGGAUUGAAUUAGCAAAAUCUGGUGACAUACUAUCAUUGCUGGAACCAUUUGUAUCAAAGCACGUGACAACUAAUCUGUCAGAUGUUGAAAUUGCUCAACCUCUGUCAAAGCUUUGCCUUGAAUUUCCAGACAUUUAUGUUGGUUGUUACCGCAAAACCAGAUAUGGAUCUCUUAUAGUAAGCCUCAAAGGAAAGGACCAAGCACGGCUUGAAUCAGCUAUUAAAGCAUUACACAAGAAGUUUCAAACUGGUGCUUUCAACGAGGUGAACUAGGAUGAUAUUCUAAAUGCUAUGCUUCAUUCUUUUGGAUGCCAGCUGAAUGAAAACCUUUCAUGGGGUGGGAUCAUAUCACUCUCAUAUUAUCUACAAAUAUAAGAUGCAUUGGGAUGAAGAUGGAGUAGGAAGAUAACCAAGGGUGCUGCUGUGUUGGUAGAAGAAAGAACAAUGGUAAAACCAGGAGGCUGAUGCUUCAGAUCAUUUGCAAUAAACACAACAGCACUUUUAACUGCUUCAUGGAGGCAUAGAAAACCCAUUGAUUAUUAUAGAAUUGUUAUUAAAUUAUCUCAACUUACAGCACCAGUUUACAAAUAUGCAGGUUUUUUCAUUGAAAACCCAGUAGUUAAACCUUUAAAUUAGCAGCGCGAAUUGCAUCAUCAGCUUUGGCUGCUAUAUACCUGAAUUUUAUGUUGAUUAAAUAUACUUGCUCUAUAGUUGGCAAGAAGUAGGCCAUCUGGUGUAUGAGCUAUUUUGCUAAUUUUUUUUAACCAUUCAACACUGGGGCAUAAUUUGCUCAGUGCAAUAAACUAUUUAUUGGGGAAGUCGCCA